AUGUCUUACUUUCCGAAGGGACACCGCGACGCCGACGAUAAUGCUGACGACUUCGACGAGUUUGAUCCCACCCCGUACGGUGGAGGAUACGACAUCGCAUUGACUUACGGCCGCCCACGUCCGCCGUCGGAGGAGACAUGCUAUCCCAACACCUCUGGUUCCGACGAGUUUGACUAUGAUCGUCCCCAGUUCACCUCCCAUGCUGAACCGUCUGCCUAUGCUGAUGAGGCUUUGGAUAACGAGUACAAGAGUUAUGUACGUCGUAAGCCCCGACCAGGACCGCCUUCCUAUGGGGAAACACCACCGCCGGAAGACGGAUAUGGGCAUGAUAGUCCCAAGCCUAAUUAUGGGUUUCAGCCUGGCGUAGAGAGUGAGUAUGGUGGUGGUCCACCUGGAGGGUUCGGAUCUGGAAGACCCGAACAUGAUCCCGGUUAUGAGAGGCCUGGGUCGGAGUAUGGUCGGAAACCAGAGUACCAGGAACCGUCUUCGGAGUAUGAGUCCGGGAUUGGGAGGAAGCCACAGUACGAGCAACCCAGUUCUGAAUACGGAUCCGGUUAUGGACGGAAACCACAGGGGCGGAAACCGCAGUACGAGGAAACCACUCCUGAAUACGACCCCGGGUAUGGGCGAAAGAGUGAAUAUGAGGAACCCCCUUCAGAGUACGGAUCCGGGUACAAUAGAAGACCCGGGUCGGAAUAUACUGAAUCUGGGGGUUAUGGAAAGAAGAGUGAGUACGAGGAGCCAAGUUCUGAAUAUGGGUCCGGCUACGUGCGGAAGACCGAGCCUGAAGAGUAUGGAUCGGGUGGGUAUGGAAGGAAGACUAGCCACGGGGAAGAGGAAGGUGGUGGGGGCUAUGGGUAUGGUGGGAGGUCAGAGAGGACUGAGUAUGGAGAGGAGAAGCCCAGCUAUGGGAAGUCCGAGGAGGAGGAAUACAGGAAGCCCAGCUAUGGGAAGUCCGAGGAGGAGGAAUACAGGAAGCCCAGCUAUGAAAGGCGUGAUGAUGAAGACGAGGGCUAUGGCCGCAAGAAACAUGGUGGUGAAAACUCUGACGAGGAGGAGGAUGAGGAGAAGCGUCGCCACAGGCACCAUCACCACCGCAAGCAUUAUGAUGAUUGA